AUGACGCGGCCGGACGAUGAGGAGGGCGGCGCGGUGGCGCCCGGGCACCCGCUCGCGAAGGGGUACCUCCCGGUGCCGAGGGGCGCGCCCGCAGGGCAGGAGAGCGCGGAGCCGCAGAACGGCCCCAAAGCCGGCUGCCUGGCCCUGAACGGGUUCCCCCGGGACAGCCCCGCGGCCGGCGUGGGAGCCCUGGGCGGGCCGCAGACCCCGCUGGCCCCGGAAGAGGAGACCCAGGCCCGGCUGCUGCCCACGGGCCCGGGAGAGGCGACCCCGGGGGCCGAGAGCACCCUGCUGCCCCGGACUGCGCUCUCCGCGCGGCGCUUUCUGGUGCUGCUGAUCUUCAGCCUGUACUCGCUGGUGAACGCCUUCCAGUGGAUCCAGUACAGCAUCAUCAGCAACGUCUUCCAGGGCUUCUACGGCGUCUCCCUGCUGCACAUCGACUGGCUGUCCAUGGUGUACAUGCUGGCCUACGUGCCCCUCAUCUUCCCGGCCACCUGGCUGCUGGACACCAGAGGCCUGCGGCUCACCGCCCUGCUGGGCUCGGGCCUCAACUGCCUGGGCAGCUGGAUCAAGUGCGGCAGCGUGCGGCAGCAUCUCUUCUGGGUCACCAUGCUGGGCCAGUGCCUCUGCUCCGUGGCCCAGGUCUUCAUCCUGGGCUUGCCCUCCCGCAUUGCCUCCGUGUGGUUUGGGCCCAAAGAAGUGUCCACGGCUUGUGCCACCGCCGUGCUGGGCAAUCAGCUUGGCACUGCGAUCGGCUUUUUGCUACCACCUGUUUUAGUGCCCAACACACAGAAUGACACCAACAUCCUGGCUUGUAAUAUCAGCACCAUGUUUUAUGGAACAUCAGCUGUUGCCACACUUUUAUUUAUUUUGACCAUAAUUGCUUUCAAAGAAAAACCUCAGUAUCCACCAAGUCAGGCUCAAGCAGUUCUUCGAGACAGCCCCCCCGAAGAGUACUCCUAUAAGAAAUCAAUCAGAAACCUGUUUAAAAACAUUCCUUUUGUCCUUCUGUUGAUCAGUUAUGGUAUCAUGACUGGAGCAUUUUAUUCAGUCUCAACGUUACUAAAUCAAAUAAUAUUGACAUAUUAUGAGGGAGAAGAAGUGAAUGCUGGAAGGAUUGGGCUAACGCUGGUAGUAGCUGGAAUGGUGGGCUCUAUUCUUUGUGGCUUAUGGCUGGAUUAUACCAAAACAUACAAACAGACUACUCUGAUUGUUUACAUUUUGUCGUUUAUCGGAAUGGUUAUAUUUACUGUAACGUUGGACGUUGGCUACAUUAUCAUCGUGUUUGUUACUGGAGGGGUCCUUGGUUUCUUCAUGACUGGUUACCUCCCCUUGGGUUUUGAAUUUGCUGUCGAAAUCACUUACCCUGAAUCGGAAGGCACUUCAUCUGGUCUUCUUAAUGCUGCUGCACAGAUAUUUGGAAUUUUGUUCACAUUGGCUCAAGGAAAGCUCACAUCAGACUACAGUCCUAGAGCAGGGAACAUUUUUCUCUGUGUCUGGAUGUUUAUAGGCAUCAUUUUAACAGCAUUAAUCAAGUCUGAUCUGAGAAGACAUAACAUAAAUAUGGGAAUUACAGACGCCGAUAUUAAAGCUGUGCCCGUUGACAGUCCCACAGAUCAAGAAUCAAAAGAUGUUAUGUUGUCCAAGCAGUCAGAAUCAGCAAUUUGAGGUGAAAGGAAAAGUCACUAUCCUACAGUAUUUGGGAUAGAGUGUGAUUAUCCUUAGAGCACUAAGGUUGGAUUUAUAGGGGGGAGAGAAUGGAUACAUACUUGAAAAUUACUAUAUGAACUCCUAAAGGGCAGAUAAUAUUUUGCUUGUUAAUUUAAGCAAUAUUUUGUUUGAAAUACUUUUGCAUACAUACUGUUAACACUACCAUUUAUCAAAUAAGUGUCCCAUUUCUAGUCUUAUGUGAAAGUAAGCUUAUAUUGUAUGAAAGUUAGCUUCUUGACAUUUACUUUUCAAAAGUAGGUGAUUUCCAUUUUUUUUUUUGUAGAAUAUGGAAGCUUACAAGACUUUGUAAGAUGAUAAUAUGGGAGUUGAUUCCCAUAAGACACAUAAGAGAAUGUGAAGCUUAUACAUAAAAAUAUCCAAUGGAACCAAAUGUACAAUAUAUUCCUAAUUCGCUACCUUUCCAUUCUGUUGACCAACUCUGCAAGCCCCUUCAAGUAUGAGCACAUACACAACAUGACACUCCUAACCCACCAAAGGUCAUCAGACUUCCAGAUGACGUCUAAGAUUCUUUCCCAUUUCUUACACUCUUGUUACGAAGUGUGUUGUAACACAGACUGUCAGUGGCCACAAAAACCAUUGUGUGUACAGAUUCUACCCGUGACUUUGGUUUUAGAAUUAUGUUCUAAUGAAGCUGUGGAGCCCAGAUACAGGCUCAAGUAUCUUGAGUUCUUUUCUGCGCUGCCUUGCUAAUAUGAUGGAGAAAUGCUAACACUGUAUUUUUCACUCCAGCUUGAAAUAGAGUAGUUUAUUUACUCAUUGCCUUUGUUUACUCUCUUCUUUGUUUCAAUAUAUAACUUUAAAAUAAGAAAAUUUCAUCAUAGUUGUUACUGGCUGUUUCAUGAUUCCUCACGUCGAAUCCUGUAUAUUACCUUGAAGAUUCCUGAGAUAAGGAAAUUUAUAAUAACUUCAGACAGCCUGGUCUCCCCACUUAGUAGAGACCUCCUGAAUGCUGUUUUAAUUCUCCAGUGUCAUUGUUAUGACCAUUCUCCUUGGAGGACACUAUGCCCAAGUGCACACUCCAUCAGUAUCCUAGGAAGUAGAAUCACUUCUUCACCCCAGAGUGGAAUGCAGUCACCGCACUGGGGACAGUCUGCUCUUUCACAUGCUCAGGGUAAGAAGAAUAGGACCAAAUAUAUUUCCACAGUGCCUACCACUGUGUGUCCUGUUUACAGUGAGAAUUUAAAUGUUGUUGAUAUCCUGAUUCUCUAAGCUCAUAGGGAAUAUCUUUACAAAACAGACAUUUGAUCAGCCAUACACUUUACAUUUUGUCCAUAUACACCAAAAAAGCCAGAUAUAGUGAAUACCCUUGAAGUGAAUAGCAAUUUUGAUUUAAGCAGAAUAGAUGCACUAAUUUACAUUGAAAUUGUGGCAGUCUUUAUAAUCAAAUAACUCUAAAUUAUGUAGAAUCUGACCCCAGAGAAUGUAUGUUCCCAAAAGAAUGGCUAAGAAUCAGGAAUUCUGUCUCCAUGUCCUUGAUGUGUUUCUAUCUGUCUCUAUAACUCUGGACAAGUUGUUUAACCUGUUUGGGCAGCAUUUUCCUCAUCUAUAAUAUGUGUUUAGGUUGAUCUCAAAAGAUUUUUUAAAAACGUUAAAUGUCAUUCAUCAUGGACUAGACCAAGUCAUUGUAUCACAGGAGCUUAAAUCUAGCUAGAGGAAAAUUCUCUGGACAGUUGGAUAAAAAGCUAUGAUUGUUACAUUGUUGAAUACAAAGGACUUUUAAUUCUCUUUUUAGCUUUGUUAGUCAUUUGGAAAUAUGCCCAAUCAUUAGCUUCUUUUAAUAUUUACAUUACAGGUAAAAAUGGCUAAAAAUGUAUUUUAAAAGUCUAUCCCAAAUAAUUGUUUUUAUUUUUAAACUGUCAAUGUUUUUUAAAAUAAUCAUGUAUUUGUUGACUUCCUGGGGUUUUAAACAAAUUACAGAUAAAAGUUGGAAUACUUUAUUUCUGCAAAGCAUAUACAUGUGUGUCAUAUGUAUAUUUCCUUGUUGAUGAGAAAAAGGGUGAAAUAUUAUGUGAUAAAAUGCAAAAUGAAUUUUUCUGUAUUUUGAGUGGAAGUUGUCUGUAAUAUGUUAUACAAGACAGUCAUGUGUCAUUUAACAACGGAGAUGCCUUCUGAGAAAUGUACUGGUAGGCGAUUUCAUCAUGGAGUGAACAUCAUAGAAUGAUAGAAUGUUCUUAUGUAAACCUUGAUGGUAUAGCCUACUACAUAUCUCGGCUAUAUGGUGUCACUUUUUGCUCCCAGGCUGCAAACCGGUACAGCAUGCUACUGUACUGAAUAUUGUAGGCAAUAGUAAUACAAUAGUAUUUGUGUAUCUAAACAUAUUUAAACAUAGAAAAGAUAAUGUUGCACUGUGUUGUAACAACAGCUAUGACGUCACUAGGCAAUAGGAAUUUUUCUGCUCCAUUAUAAUCUUAUGGGGCCAUUAUUAUAGACGUGGUCUGUCAUUGAUCAAAACAUCGUUAUGUAAGGCUGGGCGCGGUGGCUCACGCCUGUAAUCCUAGCACUCUGGGAGGCCGAGGCGGGUGGAUUGCUCGAG